AUGUCACCAGAUGACGCAGACGGUGCGUGUGUCAUCCGUCGCUACUUUCCUUUGUCUGUGCAACUAUGGAAGCCACUCGUUGGUUCAAGUAACAUGAUGACAACAAUUAUCAAGGCAAUUUCGGCGCUUUCUUCUGUGCGAGGCUACUAUCGUGUCGCCUCGUCCGCUUUUCCCAUACGUAUGGGUGCAACGGACUCAGACAUGUUCCGUAUUGACUUUGUCGAUGAGGACAAUACCUUGAGCGUGUCGCUGCAAGACUUUCACCUCGCUUUUCUGACGUCGCCUUUGUUCCAAUUCGAGCUGUGGAUUUUAUCGUUCGCGACGGUGUCCGACCCGGCCACUACCACAACGGAACAUUUGGCAGCGGUAACAAGUGGUGACAAGAGCAGUUUCGGACCGUGGACUGCGUGGGCAGUCGAGGGUAAACGCAGUGCCCCACUUACAGCCUCUUCUGAACCGGCCUCAGCGUGCCAAAUCAUGCGGUGCUACAUCCAAGGCAAAACCUUUUGUGAUACGUGGUGGGCUGUUGAAAAAGUGGCUGACCGACCUAAUCCGGAGCUCGUUUUUGGAUCGGCCUUUAAAUUUUGCGACGAUCAUAAGCCUCUAAUGUUUCGCGUGCUGGACCCUUUGCACCGCUUGUACAGUCGCCUAUUGUUAGCGUCAGCCAUGAUCAACCUGAUCCAACAAAAGCAAAAGUGCGAGUGAUUUACUGUUAGCGAUAAAUUUGUGGUCUCACCUUUCAGAUAGAUCAGCAAUAUCAUACCGGAUGACCAUCUUUUAUUGAUUUUGCAUGCCAUUGGUCCCCAGUCGACGGCCGAUUGCCAGCUCGUGUCUCCUUGGAAGAUUGACGGAUGUGACCGGUUGUCUCGGAUGGAACAUACCGAUACAAAAUUGUUUGAUGUGACAUCCGUGACAGUGAAUAAUUUCCCUACGUUUGUGCAGCAUGAGAUUUGUAACAUAGAUUGUAAACAAAAGGAAUACGUAGCUCUUUCUUUGGAAGG